AUGGUUAGUGGUGAUGGUGAUGAUGGUGAGGGUGGUGAGGAUGGUGAUGAUGGUGAUGAUGGUGAUGAUGGUGAUGAUGGUGAUGAUGAUGAUGAGGAGGAUGGUGAUGAUGGUGAUGAUGGUGAUGAUGGUGAUGAUGGUGAUGCUGGUGAGGAUGGUGAGGAUGGUGAUGAUGGUGAUGAUGAUGGUGAUGAUGGUGAUGAUUGUGAGGAUGGUGAUGAUCGUGAUGAUGGUGAUGAUGGUGAUGAUGAUGAUGGUGAGGAUGGUGAUGAUGGUGAUGAUGGUGAUGAUGGUGAUGAUGGUGAUGCUGGUGAGGAUGGUGAUGAUGGUGAUGAUGAUGGUGAUGAUGGUGAUGAUGGUGAUGCUGGUGAUGAUGGUGAUGAUGGUGAUGAUGGUGAUGAUGGUGAUGAUGAUGAUGGUGAGGAUGGUGAUGAUGGUGAUGAUGGUGAUGAUGGUGAUGAUGGUGAUGCUGGUGAGGAUGGUGAUGAUGGUGAUGAUGAUGGUGAUGAUGGUGAUGAUUGUGAGGAUGGUGAUGAUCGUGAUGAUGGUGAUGAUGGUGAUGAUGGUGAUGAUGGUGAGGAUGGUGGGGAUAGUGAGGAUGGUGAUGAUGGUGAUGAUGAUGGUGAUGAUGGUGAUGAUUGUGAGGAUGGUGAUGAUCGUGAUGAUGGUGAUGAUGGUGAUGAUGAUGAUGGUGAGGAUGGUGAUGAUGGUGAUGAUGGUGAUGAUGGUGAUGAUGGUGAUGCUGGUGAGGAUGGUGAUGAUGGUGAUGAUGAUGGUGAUGAUGGUGAUGAUGGUGAUGCUGGUGAUGAUGGUGAUGAUGGUGAUGAUGGUGAUGAUGGUGAUGAUGAUGAUGGUGAGGAUGGUGAUGAUGGUGAUGAUGGUGAUGAUGGUGAUGAUGGUGAUGCUGGUGAGGAUGGUGAUGAUGGUGAUGAUGAUGGUGAUGAUGGUGAUGAUUGUGAGGAUGGUGAUGAUCGUGAUGAUGGUGAUGAUGGUGAUGAUGGUGAUGAUGGUGAGGAUGGUGGGGAUAGUGUGGAUGGUGUGGAUGGUGUGGAUGGUGGGGAUGGUGGGGAUUAUGGUGAGGAUGAAGGAACAAACUUCAUCGUAUCAACAAAACCGCAGCGCAUGAACACGCAGCUACGCCAUAUACUUAGAAAUGACGGAAAUGGACGGCGCAAAAAUGGUCACCUAGUGGAAAUGGAAAGCAAUCCUGGAAGUGGCACCUGGUUUAGUUAA